AACAAGUCAAGAAAGCGACAGAGUGAAGAGAUGACUCAAACUCCCGCAAAGGAAAGUGUGCUGGGCACAUCUUCCGCCGUGUUUCCCAAUUCUCACGAGAAAAUCACCGACCCGAAAGACACGCCCUACUUCGUUGACAAUGAGUUCCGAUUCUCAGCCACGAAAGAUUUCAUUGAUGUUCACGACCCCGCGACCAACAAUUUGGUGUCAAGAGUCCCAAAGAUGACCACAGCUGAGCUAGAAGAUGCUGUGGCAUCUGCGGAGAAUGCCUUCCCAGUCUGGCAAAACAUGUCUACAAUUGCCAGACAGCAAAUCAUGUUCCGCUACGUUGCUCUCAUUCGAGAACACUGGGAUCGACUCGCAGCAGUCAUUACGCUUGAGCAGGGUAAAACUGUUUCUGACGCGAAAGGUGACGUUUUGCGCGGUUUGCAGGUGGCGGAGGCCGCAUGUGCAGGACCAGAAUACAUGAAGGGCGAGGUUCUCGAAGUCGCGAAAGAUAUGGAGACCAGGACAUACCGAGAACCACUUGGCGUCGUCGCCGUGAUUUGUCCAUUCAACUUCCCUGCUAUGAUCCCGCUAUGGUGUAUACCUAUCGCCACAAUCACCGGAAACACCGUCGUGUUGAAGCCAUCCGAGCGGGCACCGGGCGCGGCGAUGAUUCUGAUGGAAUUGGCGGAAAAGGCAGGAUUUCCCAAGGGCGUGAUCAAUGUCGUACACGGUGCACAUGAUACUGUGAACUUCCUACUUGAUGCGCCUGCUGUCAAGGCGAUCAGCUUUGUCGGAAGCAAUAAGGCUGGAGAGUAUAUCUUUGCCAAGGGAUCAGCCAAUGGCAAGCGAGUACAGGCAAACCUUGGCGCGAAGAAUCAUGCCGUGGUACUACCUGAUUCGGACAAAGACUCGACAUUGGAUGCAAUUAUUGCUGCGGCAUUCGGCGCAGCUGGCCAGCGGUGUAUGGCUCUAUCUGCUGUGGCCUUUAUCGGAGAGACACAAAACUGGCUACCCGAGCUCGUUGAGCGAGCUAAGGCUCUCUCCAUGAAUGGUGGCUUUGAAUCCGAAGCAGACCUUGGUCCUGUCGUUACCCCGGAGAGUAAGACUAGGAUCGAAGGCCUGGUUGCAAGUGCGGAGACUGAGGGUGCGAAAGUGCUCCUUGAUGGUCGUGGAGUCAAGCCUUCGAAAUACCCCAACGGCAACUGGGUCGCCCCAACCAUUAUCAGCGAGGUCACUCCAUCCAUGCAAUGCUACACAGAAGAAAUUUUCGGUCCUGUGUUGGUCUGUCUCCAAACGGAAUCUCUUGAUCAAGCUAUUAAGCUGGUGAAUGAGAACCCUUAUGGCAAUGGCACGGCUAUCUUCACAUCCUCGGGCAUUUCAGCUGAACGAUUCCGGAAAAAUAUUCAAGCUGGGCAGGUAGGUGUCAAUGUACCUAUUCCUGUGCCACUUCCCAUGUUUUCUUUCACUGGGAACAAAAAGAGUGUUGCUGGAGGGGGAGCCAAUACCUUCUAUGGACGACCCGGUGUGAACUUCUAUACACAGUUGAAGACUGUUACUUCGAAAUGGGCUGGUCGUGAUAGCCAGCCCGCCAAGACAACACUUUCUAUGCCUACUCACAGCUAA